UUCGUUCUUACAGACAUUCACUCACUCAUUUGAGAUAUCAUUUUUGUUCGAUUUAUUUUAUUCUGCAGUCACUUUCGUCUUAGAAGCAUCGUGAAUUUUUUGUACUUAAAUAAUUUUUCUCAAAGAUUUAGUCCUGAAGGUCAUAUUCAAAAUUUAAGAUUUAUCAGCAAUGUUGGGCUUACUUCUUGCCACCCUAGGCUGGAUAGGGUGCAGCCCAGUGCCAUAUAUUGCAUCUAUGAUUGGCGCCACAGAGCCAGCACUGAAAUUACUUGUAUCCAUUUUAAUGGGUUACCCAUUAGCCAUAAUUUAUCAUAAGUAUGUGAGAAUGCACAAGCAAUACAGAAACAUAUAUUUCAUAAUAACUGGCGUAGACAUUGCUUUUUAUAAUUUCGGUGCUUCUAUGUAUCAUAAUUUAAUCCCAGCAAUUGUAAUAUACUUAUCGACAAAGCUCCUAGGUCCAGGGAAAAUGAAUGCUUUAGUUUCUUUUGUUUUCAACAUGACCUAUCUACUGGUUGGAUAUGUGGUCACUGAAUCAGAAGAAUAUGAUAUAACGUGGACAAUGCCCCACUGUGUGUUAACUCUGAAGCUGAUAGCAUUGUCUUACGAUCUAUGGGAUGGACAGUUGAUGAUAAAAGGCGAAAAGUUGUCAGAUAACAAUAAAAAGACAGCCUUGCCAGAAGCACCAACAUUUUUAGAACUGAUUGGAUUUCUUUAUUUCCCUGCUUGUUUCUUGGUUGGACCUAUAUUUUCAUUCCGCCGAUAUAAGGACUUUAUUUCUGAUAAAUUCCCACUGAAUUCAGAGGCCAGAGCUUAUGAAAGGCAAGGAUUCUACAGACUCAUUCAAGGAAUAAUUUAUAUGAUCGCCUUUCAGAUUGGAGGUGGUGUAUUCAGUAUGAAGUAUAUGCUCUCCGAUGAAUUUUCGGGACUUUCCGUAUUAUAUCGCCACUUGUACUGUGGAUUGUGGGGCCAUUUUGCUCUAUACAAAUAUGUAUCAUGCUGGCUGCUCACGGAAGCUUCGUGCAUCAGAUUUGGUCUGUCAUAUAACGGCUCAGAAAUGAUAGUGGAUGGCAUUUCGAAAUCCAAGUGGGAUGGAUGCAACAACAUAAAGCUACUACAGUUCGAGUGUGCGACAAAAUUCCAACAUUACAUUGACAGCUUCAAUUGCAACACGAAUUAUUUUGCAGCAGAGUAUGUUUACAAGCGUCUCAAGUUCUUGGGUAACAGACACCUCAGCCAAUUUUUUACUUUAUUAUUCUUGGCCCUAUGGCAUGGCAUUAGGUCAGGUUAUUAUGUGACCUUCUUUAACGAAUUCAUUAUAAUAUACAUGGAAAAAGAAUUGGAGCCUAUAAUUAAGAAAACUGUAAUAUAUCAGAAAUGGAGUUCGAAUAUUAUCGUUAAAUGGUUGGUGUUUAUUAUACUUAAACUUUACGCUUUAAUUUACAUGGGAUGGAGUUUGGUUCCAUUCGACGUUAAAGUGUAUUCAAAGUGGUUCACUGUGUACUCCUCUCUCUAUUUUUCUGGAUUUUUAUUAUUCUUACCUUGGACUGUAGUAUACAAGCCAAUAAUAUUAUCUUUAAUUAAAGUAAAUCGCCCUAAAUCACAGUAACUGCUCAAACAUCAUUCUAAUUUAUAUCAUGGAAUGUUAAAGAUAUCUUUUCUAUUUUAUUGCUUAUGUCUAUUGUAAUUAAAAUUUCACUAAAGAAAGUAUAUAUUUGUAAUCUUCUGUUAGGCUUUUCAACUUUCCUUACAUAUUACUAUUAAUCAUAUUUAUAUAAAUAUUUAUAUUGUAAAUAUUUAUAUAUAUAUAUAUAUAUAUAUAUAAGCAUUAUUCAUAUAUUGCCGAUCGCGCACAAAUAGCUAUAAGAGGAAAUUUUUUUCUUUGCAGAAAAAUUAUAUUCCUACAGCAUUUAUCUCAAUUGUUAUAUAACGCAAAUUAUGCAUUGAAUUCUAUUAUUAAAUCAUGUUAUAUUUCUAAUAAAAAACCAUUAAGUGGCAAUAUAUGAAGGGGUGCCUUUGAGGAUGUCUAUAUAUGUAUAAUUAAUAUAUGUAUAAUUAUUUAUAAUAAUUAUAAUACGACAUCCAUGCUAUUGUUUGAUAUUUCCAGUAGUUAGAUUUAUGCCAAAAUAUUUCCUUUAAAUAAGAUUUUUUCCUUAGUCUAGUCUAAAGAAAGAAAAAGAGUGGAUAGUCUCACUUCGCUGUUAUUUGUUAAUUUUUUUUUUAUGUAGAAAAUUUAUUUUUGUUGAUUAUAUUAUUUCUAAUAUCGUCAUAGUCGUAGAAUACUGACGGAUCUGACAAAGAUUACAUAUAAAGAUAAUUAAAAUGUGUGUUAUCCGUCAGUGUUCUACGACUAUGACGAUAUAUUAUAUCGCAGCUAUAAAUGAGAAACAUAAUCAUUUUCACAAGUAGAUAAUUAUUUCAACGUUGAGGUAUAUGCUCUAAACGUAUUUUUGUAUAUUUUAAAUAAAAAUCUGCAUAUCAA